AUGUUCGGACGGAUUGGGGGCAAUGCCCUUCGGUGUGCGGUGCGCCGACCUGCUGCGCGGAGGAAUCUUCUUUGCGAGCGCAGAUUCUCGGCCCAUUCUUCCCAUGCCAGCGCCCAUUCGACUGUGCCCUCGGCCGCUUCGCCGUUGGGCAGUAUCACCACCGAGCUGGAUCGGAUUUCACCUUGCUUCGAGAUCAGUGCCGAGAGGAUUGAAAUCCUGGACUCCCCUGCCAGCUUCUACAGCACCCUUAAGAGCAAGAUCCGCAACGCCAAACGACGCAUCUACCUCUCGACCUUGUACAUCGGCAAGACUGAGCAUGAGUUGAUCGCAACUCUGGACCAAGCGCUGCGGGAAAACCCCGACCUCAAGGUCUCCAUUCUCACCGACUGCCUUCGAGGAACCCGCGAGUCGCCGGACCCCUCAUGCGCAUCGCUCCUCGCUUCGCUCGUUACAAACCAUGGACCAGAACGUGUCGAGAUCCGAAUGUUCCAUACUCCAAACUUGACGGGUCUCAAGAAGAAAUGGAUUCCCCGCAGGAUCAACGAGGGAUGGGGUCUGCAACACAUGAAGCUGUAUGGCUUCGACGAUGAGAUUAUCCUCUCAGGCGCAAACCUGUCCAACGACUACUUCACGAACCGCCUGGAUCGAUACCACGUCUUCAGCUCGAAAGAGCUCGCUGACUACUAUGCCAGCAUCCACCACGCCGUCUGCAGUCUCAGCUUCCAAGUGCUCCCGGAUCCGCACAACGCCGCCGGAUACCUCUUGGACUGGCCGAAGGCCAAUGGUGCUCCUUGCCCUCUGGACGACCCGCAGAAGUUCAUCGCGUAUUCCUCGACAUUCCUAAAGCCCUUCUUCCAUCCCAACAUCGACACCCAGAAAGCACUUGAGCCCAAGACUUCCACUCAUGCCUACGUCUACCCGGUGGCCCAGUUCACCUCCCUGUUAAAUCCGGACACCUCGACGGAAUUCCCAGCCGUUACCUCCAUCCUCCGUCUCCUCUCGACCUCUACCGCCUUCUCCGGUGCCCGCUGGCUCUUCACAGCGGGGUACUUCAACAUCCACCCUGUCCUCUCCUCCCUCUUGAUUGCCAGCACCUCGCCGUCACACACCGCGAUCAGCACCCGCGGGACCGUGCUCACAGCCUCCCCGUGGGCCAACGGCUUCUAUGGGUCCUCGGGCAUUUCUGGUAUGCUCCCCGCGGCAUAUACGCAUCUCUCCGCCAAGUUCCUCGACCAGGUCGCCUUGGCCAAGCGCACGGAUUCCGUCCAGCUCAAGGAAUGGCGCCGGGGCACCGUCGGGGAGCCUGGUGGCUGGACCUACCACGCCAAGGGUCUGUGGAUUACCCUGCCCCGGGAGGAAUAUCCCAGCUUGACAUUUGUCGGCAGCAGCAACUACACCAAGCGCAGCUAUAGUCUGGAUCUGGAAGUGGGUGCGGUGGUCGUUACGGGAAACCAGACGCUCAAACGCCGACUCGGCGCCGAGACGGACUGGCUGCAGAAGGAUUCCAAGGCCAUCUCUCGAGAGGAUCUGCGGCGCACGGAACGGCGGGUGAGCUGGAAGGUUCGUCUGGCCAUGUGGAUUACUGAGAAGGUGGGAGGGGCU